GCAUAAAAGACGAAGGUCGCAGCAGGACGCGUUCGCUUUCGGACACAAAGGACUCCCCAACCAGCCAACCCCUUCUUGGGAAGUUGGGACAGCAAGGAGGUGUCGGAGAAACAGGCACGAAUACACUACAGAAAAGUCUCCCGCUGGCACGAAAAAUGACCAACUUCAAUGCUUGGGAUGAACAACAGACAAGCCGAAGAACCAUCUGCUGCACCAGACGUAUGCUUGUGCUGGACUUGCAGUUAAGCAUUGACGGCGCAUGCAUCCAGGACCCUGAGGGUAGCCGCGAUGCCCCGGUUGAGCCGGCUUGGAUGGCGGAAAGCGUUUAAGGUCAUGUGGAAGAUGCGAAGGAAGACGGAGUGGCGGCGUAUGAGUUUGAGGACACUGGCAAGGAUGAUGAAGGGUCAAACUCGGACUCUCGCAUCAGACCUGAAGAAGGAGACGCCCUCAACCAAACUCCCCGCCGCGCAAGUUAUAUCUGACGUCGACGCAAUGCAAGACUACGCUUGGACGAGAUGUUUGAAAUGCGGGACGAUGGUGACGCCGCCACACUUGAACCGUGAGCGAGAGCGAUCUGGCAAGGCAAGCAAAGGAAAUGCUCAAUGUUGUCGCGAGCAGCAUAUAAUGCCCGCGUUCUUCCUCGGUCGCUUGUACACACUCCCCGUCUCUCGAACCAGCCCUGCCGUGUACUACGCUCGAGGAGCUGGCGACGCAUGCGAGCGCCCGUCGUCGUCACUCGGGAAGCACUUCGAUCAUGAGGCCACUGGAUCGUCAGCUGAUAGCCCGCCGGCGUACAUCGAGCGUGAUUUGAAAGCGUCAAACGGGGAUUCACGAGCAAAGCAGCGAGGGGAGGAGGAGAGCCUGGAAGGAAAAGGGCCCUUGCGUCUACAGAUUCGGGUGCCACUGCUGGUGUCUCCUCGUCUGCACCUAUGGCAGCCAGCCGGUAGCACUUCGACCAGAGUUGGCGACUACCUUCAAGACUGAGAGACCAUUAACGACCGUAUCAACAUUAGGGUCACUUGGUUCUCGGGAGAAGACAGUUCAAUGCCUAACAUCACCGUCGGAAGCCCGUUUGUAUCCUCUAUACACUACCGGCCACGCGCUUUGCAUAAUGCAUCGAUAAUGCGUACUUUCUGCAAAACCAUUAAUGAGACAAACUUAUGCUAAUGCUUUUGCAUAUGCACGCAUAAACUAUGCAUAGACGAUGCAUAAGUAUGCGUACGCAUGCGUAAACACAC